GGAAGUCGCCUCUCUGGCGGUAGUCAAACCGGAAGGGGAGGCACUGGGGCCUGGAGGAGCGGCCUGUGUCGUUGCAGUUGCCGGUGUUUGUGGGUCGCAGGGAGCCGGACCGGCGGGCGGGCAAGUGUCGCGAUGCCGGAGCUGGCGGUGCAGAAGGUGGUGGUCCACCCCCUGGUGCUGCUCAGUGUGGUGGAUCAUUUCAACCGAAUUGGCAAGGUUGGAAACCAGAAGCGAGUCGUUGGUGUGCUUUUGGGAUCAUGGCAAAAGAAAGUACUUGAUGUAUCCAACAGUUUUGCAGUACCAUUCGAUGAGGAUGACAAAGAUGAUUCUGUCUGGUUUUUAGACCAUGAUUAUUUGGAAAACAUGUAUGGAAUGUUUAAGAAGGUCAAUGCCAGAGAACGGAUAGUUGGGUGGUACCACACAGGCCCCAAACUGCACAAGAAUGAUAUCGCCAUCAAUGAACUCAUGAAAAGAUACUGCCCCAACUCUGUGCUGGUCAUUAUUGACGUGAAGCCAAAGGACCUAGGACUUCCCACCGAAGCUUACAUUUCAGUGGAAGAAGUUCAUGAUGACGGAACGCCAACAUCAAAAACUUUUGAGCAUGUGACCAGUGAAAUUGGGGCAGAGGAAGCUGAGGAAGUUGGAGUGGAACACUUGUUGAGAGACAUCAAGGACACUACAGUGGGAACUCUCUCCCAGCGGAUCACAAACCAGGUCCAUGGUUUGAAGGGACUGAACUCCAAGCUCCUGGACAUCAGGAGCUACCUGGAGAAAGUAGCCAGUGGCAAGCUGCCCAUCAACCACCAGAUCAUCUACCAGCUGCAGGACGUCUUCAACCUGCUGCCGGACGCCAGCCUGCAGGAGUUCGUCAAGGCCUUCUAUCUGAAGACCAAUGACCAGAUGGUGGUGGUGUACUUGGCCUCGCUGAUCCGCUCUGUGGUCGCCUUGCACAACCUCAUCAACAACAAGAUUGCCAACCGGGAUGCAGAGAAGAAGGAGGGACAGGAAAAGGAAGAGAGCAAGAAGGAGAGGAAGGACGAGAAAGAGAAGGAGAAGGGCGACGGAAAGAAAGAAGAGAAAAAGGAGAAAAAGUAAAUCAUGUAGCUUUUUUUAUUUGUAAAUUAAAAUCUUAUAAACUAACUUGGUGUGCCACUAGAGGGUUCUUUGUCCCAUUUGGUGCUUGUUAAAAAGCUGUCCUGACAAGCACUCUGCCUGUGGCAUUCUGUGGAGAUGAGUGGACAGAAGGACCGAUCUCAGCCCUACACUGCAGCUUCAGCUGCACGCAUUGGGGGUGUGCUGGGAGGAGAUCAGCAUAAUCUUUGGCACCCUUCAUUCUGUUAUCCUUAAAACCAGGACUGAGUGUGUUUUCCUGUCUUAGAAGAUCCAUGGCAUCUGUUGGUAAUUGGCAAAACCGCUAAGUGGAAUUCUUGGAUCACAUACUCUGUGCCACCAAACACUUGAGCUCUGACCCUUCUGAACUCUUCAGCCAUACCACAUUUUGGACCUGUAACUCUAGCAUUCUUAGGGCUUAGGGUUUGGGUCCAUGUAUUGUUUACCUUCAAAGAUACAAUUAAAUGGCUUGGUUUUUAA